AUGAACCGCCCCGUCCCCUUCCCCUGCUCGGCUGGAACCCGUUACAACCGGCUCGCUCCGGUCACCCCGGCCUCCCGUCCCAGGAUCGAGGAUCUACCGGCGGCCAUGGCGGCGUGCAGAGGAGGCGGGGGCGGCAAGGACGUGGACCGGAUCAAGGGCCCGUGGAGCCCCGAGGAGGACGACGCGCUGCAGCGGCUCGUGGGCCGCCACGGCGCGCGCAACUGGUCCCUCAUCAGCAAGUCCAUCCCGGGGCGGUCCGGCAAGUCCUGCCGCCUCCGCUGGUGCAACCAGCUCUCGCCGCAGGUGGAGCACCGCCCCUUCACCCCCGACGAGGACGACACCAUCCUCCGCGCCCACGCCAGGUUCGGCAACAAGUGGGCCACCAUCGCACGCCUCCUCUCCGGCCGCACUGACAACGCCAUCAAGAACCACUGGAACUCCACGCUCAAGCGCAAGUACUCCUCCUCUUCCUCUGCAUCGGCAUCGCCGGCUGAUGACGCCAUGGCAAACGACGAUGAGGACCGCCGGCCGCUGAAGCGGACCAGCAGCGACGGGUACCCGGGGCUCUGCUUCAGCCCCGGGAGCCCGUCGGGGUCGGACCUCAGCGACUCCAGUCACCAGAGCCUCCCCUCCGUCAUGCCGUCCGCCGCCUCGCAGCAGCCGCACGUGUACCGCCCGGUCGCGCGGGCCGGCGGGGUGGUCGUGCUCCCGACGGCCACGCCGCAGCCGUCGCCUCCGUGUCCGUCUCCGCCGCCGCCCCCUCCUCCUCCGGCGACGUCGCUCUCGCUGUCCCUCUCCCUGCCCGGCUUGGACGCGCCCGAGCCAGCCCCGGUGGCGCAGCCUAUGUCCAUGCCACCACCACCUCCUCCUGCUCCUGUACAGCCCGCCGCAGCGCCUCAGAUGCCGCCGCCGCCACCCAUGCCGUUCAUGCUCCAGCCGCCGCCGCAGCCCCAGCCACGGGCGGCGGCGCCUUUCAACGGGGAGUUCCUGUCGAUGAUGCAAGAGAUGAUCCGGAUCGAGGUCCGGAACUACAUGUCCGGCUUCGACCCCCGGUCGUCGCCGGCCGACGGCGUCCACGCCGCCAAGCGCAUGAUGAGCAUGGCCAAGAUCGAGUAG